CGGGGGGGGGGGGCCCAUCAGGAUGAACAAACUGUCUGGGGAUCUGGCCCGCGACUUGGAGCGCAGCCUGCCCGCCGUGGCCUCCCUCGGCUCGUCGCUGUCCCACAGCCAGGCUCUCUCCUCGCACUUCCUCCCGCCCCCUCCAGAGAAGCGCCGCGCCAUCUCUGAUGUCCGCCGCACCUUCUGUCUCUUUGUCACCUUCGACCUGCUCUUCAUCUCCUUGCUCUGGAUCAUCGAGCUGAACACCAACACAGGCAUCCGGAAGAACCUGGAGCAGGAGAUCAUCCACUACAACUUUAAAACUUCCUUCUUUGACAUCUUCGUCUUGGCAUUCUUCCGCUUCUCGGGACUGCUCCUGGGCUACGCGGUGCUGCGGCUUCGGCACUGGUGGGUGAUUGCGGUCACGACGCUGGUGUCCAGCGCGUUCCUCAUCGUCAAGGUCAUCCUCUCCGAGCUGCUCAGCAAAGGGGCAUUCGGCUACCUGCUCCCUAUCGUCUCCUUUGUCCUUGCCUGGCUGGAGACCUGGUUCCUUGACUUCAAAGUCCUGCCACAGGAGGCCGAGGAGGAACGAUGGUACCUUGCUGCCCAGGCUGCUGUCGCCCGUGGACCCCUGCUCUUCCCUGGCGCUCUGUCCGAGGGCCAGUUCUAUUCACCCCCAGAAUCCUUUGCAGGGUCUGACAACGAAUCUGAUGAAGACAUUGGGAAGAGAAGCUUCUCUGCCCAGGAACGGGAGUACAUCCAUCAGGGGAAGGAGGCCAUGGCGGUGGUGGACCAGAUCUUGGCUCAGGAGGAGAACUGGAAGUUUGAGAAGAACAAUGAAUAUGGAGACACUGUGUACACCAUCGAGAUUCCCUUUCACGGCAAGACCUUCAUCCUGAAGACCUUCCUGCCCUGCCCUGCUGAGCUGGUGUACCAGGAGGUGAUCCUGCAGCCCGAGAGGAUGGUGCUAUGGAACAAGACCGUGACCGCCUGCCAGAUCCUGCAGCGAGUAGAGGACAACACUCUCAUCUCCUACGAUGUCUCUUCGGGGGCCGCGGGCGGGGUGGUCUCCCCCAGGGACUUCGUGAACGUGCGGCGCAUUGAGCGACGCAGAGACCGCUACCUGUCCUCGGGCAUUGCCACCACCCACUGCACCAGGCCCCCUACACACAAAUAUGUCAGGGGAGAGAAUGGUCCUGGGGGCUUCAUCGUGCUCAAGUCAGCCAGUAACCCCCGAGUCUGCACCUUCAUCUGGAUCCUUAAUACAGAUCUCAAGGGCCGCCUGCCCCGGUACCUCAUCCAUCAGAGCCUCGCGGCCACCAUGUUUGAAUUUGCCUUUCACCUGCGACAGCGUGUCGGAGAGCUGGGGGCCCGGGCGUAACUGUGCCCCCUCAGCACCCUGCAGGGCAGGGUCCUGUCACCACAGCCUUCAGAGCCAGAAAGGGGGCCAGCGGGGCUUCCCGGCACCCACAGAGGACCUGGCCUCAAGCACAAGGAAGGAAGACGUUUCCUCUUGGUGCAACCCCUCGGCC